CCUCCGUUCCUAUAUAGCGUCUAAACCCUAAUCGGCGGUCUCGAUUCGGUCCAUUCCAUUUCCAUUUCCCUUGGGAUUCAUCUCGUUGUUGAUCGGAAUUCCAUGGCGAGCAACGAACCCGAUCGCGAGGAGGAGGCGGCUGCAGCCGGCGAGGACGAGGACACCGGUGCCCAGGUCGCACCCAUCGUCACCCUCUCCGAGGUCGCCGUCACCACCGGCGAGGAGGAAGAGGACGCCCUACUCGAUCUAAAGGCGAAGCUGUACCGGUUCGACAAGGAGGGGAACCAGUGGAAGGAGCGGGGAACCGGGAGCGUGAAGCUUUUGAAGCAUCGGGAGUCGGGCAAGGUGCGGCUGCUGAUGCGCCAGGUCAAGACCCUCAAGAUCUGCGCUAACCAUCUCGUUCUUCCGUCGGUCAAGAUUCAGGAGCACGCCGGGAACGACAAGUCGUGCGUGUGGCAUGCGUCGGAUUUCGCCGAUGGGGAAUUGAAGGAGGAGAUGUUCUGCAUACGAUUCGGCUCCGUAGAAAACUGCAAGAAAUUCAUGGAGACGGUCGAAGGCAUUGCUGAAUCUUCUGAAAACAACGAAGAGAAGGAGAGCAAGGAUGCGUCAGACGCUGCUGGACUCCUGGACAAGUUAAGUGUGCAUGAAAGCAAAACCGAAAAGGCUCCAGAGGAGGUUCCAGCUGCUGCUGUGAAGGCAGACAAUGAAACCGAAAAGUAGGCAGCGGAAACAAAACCCGAGGAACCUUCGAAGUCUUAAGGAUAUUUGUGUUGGCCUAUCUACGUAGAGUUUGUCAUGUUCAUUGUUUCCAGGGACAACAGAGCAAAGAUUUGGGUAGCAGUGUCCAUUUCAAUGUUUGGAGGCAGUGUGGGGGUCAGGUGGGUAGAGUUGUUGCUCUUGCAUUUGGGACGAGUGGCGAAUUGUGUCAUGCUGCAGAUGUAUUCCUUGUCGAUUGGUUUCAAUUGAUUCUGAUGGUUUUCUUGUUUUC